GAUUUUGGAGAUCUGCUGGGGGCCAAGCAUGAAACUCUGCCCACUCGAUCUCUCACUUCCAACCUCAUGUCGGCUGAUGCCGCUGCCGGCUUGACGUCCGAAACAACGCCGAAGGAGGCUUGGGACAACUUUGCAGGCGGCCUGAGCCAGCAGAUCGUGGACGAUACGCCUUGGGACUCUCAGCCCGUCAUACGGCGUGCACCCGGGCCCCCGUUUGGGCCGGCGGAAUGGGAUGAGCGAACGCAGAAGUUCGAAGAGCGCCAGGCGCAGCGAGCGCAGCGCGUCGGGGGCUCCGGCCAGUGA